UCUCGGUUACAGCUUCUUGAUGCUGCGCAAAGUUUUUGCGAUACUUUUGCGCAGAAGGAGGAUAUCGACACCAUAUUAUCGCAUUUCUCCAAAACACAGGAAGUCUCCGCUAUCGAGUACGGGGAGCCUUCGCUGGCAUCUUUCUUGGGUCGGCCCUUCCUGGGAGCAACACAGAUCAAAGAAUACUUCCUGAUCAUCAAUUCCCUCCUUUCGUACGAGAGACUGACAUUCUCGGAGUUCUUGGUGGACACCGAAACCAGUCGCGUUGCAUUGAAAGGAAAGGGAGAAUUUACCUGGUUAGGGACUCAGAAAAGUUGGGAAGAAGUUUUCACCUACACGUUGGAUUUCGACGAUGAGCUGAAGGUUGUCCGGUACCAAGUAUGGGCUGAUACUGGAUCGGCAUACUUGGCGAGAGUUGGUCAAUUA